AUGUAUAUUAAAAUUGAAGCGACAAGAUUAUAUUUUUAUCGAUCAAGACAGUCAAAUAUCAGAGCUGAAUUAUAUCAAGGAAUUGUAGAUAGUGUUUUAUCUGGGGAUACUAGAGGUGAUCAAGUUGGGACCAAAGUUGUUUUGCUUGCAUUUUUUAUUGGAGGACCAAGAGAUAUGCGUCGAAGGUAUCUUGAUGCUAUAGCUUUAGUACAGCGAUUUGGCAAACCUGAUCUUUUCAUCACUAUGACAUGCAAUACAGAGUGGUUUGAGAUACAAGAAGAACUUGAACCAGGACAAGUUCCACAAGAUAGACCAGAUCUUACAGCCAGGGUUGUCAAGUACCUAUAUAAAUAUGUUUACAAAGGUCAUGAUCGUGUAGCUUUUUCCAUAUCAUAUAAUAAUGAAGAAUAUUUGAUGGAUGAAAUUAAGUAG